AUGCCCGCCAAACGCGCCCCCCAAAUCUCCCCCCACGCCUCCGCCGUGCCCCCGAUCCCGAAACCCUCCCCCAAGACCUCCGCCGCCCCGCCGUCGUCGCCCGCGGCCCAGACGGCGCGGGAGGUGUCCUCGGCCCUGUGGUGGCGCUACCGGUCCGCGACCCCGCAGCGGGUGAAGCUGACGGACGCCUUCAUGGCCUUCCUGGUCGCGGUGGGCGGGCUGCAGUUCGCGUACUGCGUGCUCGUGGGGAACUAUCCGUUCAACGCCUUCCUGUCCGGCUUCGGCGCCACGGUCGGGCAGUUCGUGCUCACGGCCAGCUUGCGGAUCCAGACGAAUCCGGAGAACCGGCGGGAGUUUGAGAGUGUCAGUCAUGAGCGGAAGAGGGCUUUUCUGGGGGAGACGGAGGGGUGA